GGAGGCGCAGCCGGACGGCGGGGAGGCAGGGCGUGCGGGCGGACGUGCGGGUGGCCGGCCAGCCGGACGCUCGGGCCGGGCCGGGGCGACGAUGUGGGGAGGCCCGGGCAGCCCCCGCGGCCGCGGGGACGGGGGCGGAGCCGGGGGCGCCGCCCGGGGCACCGCGGACAACGCUCCCCUGCGCCGGCGGAGCCGCCGCCCGAGCGCAGAGCCUGGAGCCCGAGGCAGCGGCGGCGUGCGGGACCCCGAGGACGCAGCCAUGCCAGGCGGGGUCGAGGCGGGGGAGGCGGAGGAGGAGGCGGGGGCCGGCUCCGGGUCCGAGGCAGAGGAGGACGCCCUGUGGGAGCGGAUCGAGGGCGUCCGGCACCGGCUGACGCGCACCCUCAACCCGGCCAAGCUCACGCCGUAUCUGCGCCAGUGCCGGGUCAUCGACGAGCAGGACGAGGAGGAGGUGCUGAGCACUUACCGCUUCCCGUGCCGCGUCAACCGCACUGGGCGUCUGAUGGACAUCUUGCGCUGCCGUGGCAAGAGGGGCUAUGAGGCCUUCCUGGAAGCCCUGGAGUUUUACUACCCCGAGCACUUCACGCUGCUCACCGGCCAAGAGCCCGCCCAGCGCUGUUCCAUGAUCCUUGAUGAGGAGGGGCCUGAGGGCCUGACCCAGUUUCUGAUGACGGAGGUGCGGCGGCUGCGGGAGGCCCGAAAGAGCCAGCUGCAGCGGGAGCAGCAGCUGCAGGCUCGGGUCCGGGUGCUCGAGGAGGAGCGGGCAGGGCUGGAGCAGCGGUUGCGGGAGCAGCAGCAGGCUCAGGAGCGCUGCCAACGGCUGCGGGAAGACUGGGAGGCAAGCAGCCUGGAGCUGCUUCGGCUCAAGGAUGAGAACUACAUGAUUGCCAUGCGUCUGGCCCAGCUCAGUGAGGAGAAGAACUCAGCCGUGCUGCGCAGCCGUGACUUACAGCUGGCGGUGGAUCAGCUUAAGCUCAAGGUGAGCCGGCUGGAGGAAGAGUGCACACUGCUGCGCGUGGCCAGGGGGCCACUCCCCGGGGCCGAGGAGAAGGAGAAAGAGCCAGACAGCACUGACCUGGUCUCUGAGUUGCGCGCUGAGAACCAGCGGCUGACGGCGUCCCUGCAGGAGCUGCAGGAAGGCCGGCAGCAGGUGGGCUCUGGGCCAGAGGCUGAGGCAGCUUUGGAUUCUGACUCCCAGGAGGCAAGCCGGCCCGGGGCCCCAGGCUCAGAGCGCAUCCUCCUUGACAUCCUGGAGCACGACUGGCGGGAGGCGCAGGACAGCAGGCAGGAGCUGUGCCAGAAGCUGCACGACGUGCAGGGGGAGCUGCAGUGGGCCGAGGAACUGCGGGACAAGUACCUGCAGGAGAUGGAGGACCUGCGGCUGAAGCACCGCACGCUGCAGAAGGACUGCGACCUGUACAAGCACCGCAUGGCCACCGUCCUGGCCCAGCUGGAGGAGAUAGAGAAGGAGAGGGACCAGGCCAUCCAGAGCCGCGACCGGAUCCAGCUCCAGUACUCGCAGAGCCUCAUCGAGAAGGACCAGUACCGCAAGCAGGUGCGGGGCCUGGAGGCCGAGCGGGACGAGCUGCUGACCACGCUGACCAGGCUGGAGGGCACCAAGGCCCUGUUGGAGGCACAGCUGCAGCGGGCCCAGGGAGGCCCCUGCCUCAAGGCCUGUGCCUCCUCCCAUUCCCUGUGCUCCAACCUCAGCAGCACCUGGAGCUUGAGCGAGUUCCCCUCCCCGCUGGGAGGCCCAGAAGCAGCAGGGGAGGCCGCUGUCAUGGGGGUACCUGAGCCCCACACCUUGGAGAAGGCCACAGACAGCGAGAAGGAGAUCAACCGACUUUCCAUCCUGCCGUUCCCGCCCAGUGCCGGCUCCAUUCUCCGCCGACAGCGUGAGGAGGACCCUGCACCUGCUAAGAGGUCCUUCAGCAGCAUGUCGGACAUCACAGGGAGUGUGACGCUUAAGCCCUGGUCCCCCGGCCUCUCGUCGUCCUCGUCUUCCGACAGUGUGUGGCCUUUGGGAAAGCCGGACAGCCUCCUGGCCAGAGGCUGCGGCCUGGAUCUCAACAGGUCUCUGGCCAUCCAGGUGUCUGGCCGGAGUCCCCCUGGAGGACCUGAGCCCCAGGACAGAGGCCUUGAUGGCCUGCCAUUCCUUGGGGACAGCUGGUCUGGGGCUGCGAUUCGGGGAGUGUUCUCUGGGCCGGGGUCUGCCAGGGUGGAACCAAGAGAGCCAAGGACAGAGGCUGCUGGGCUGGAGGGGGCAGGCCUGGGAAGUGAGGCCCAGCAGAGAACCUUGCCCUGGAGCCAGGCGUCCACACUCCCCUUCCUGAUGGACUCCAAGGUUUCAGCUUGCCAGUCCUUCCAUGAGGCCCUGGAUGCCUGGGGGAAGGGGCUCGGCCCCGAGCCCUUCUACAUUCGAGCCAACCUCACUUUGCCUGAACGGGCAGACCCCCAUGCCCUGUGUGUGAAGGCCCAAGAGAUCCUGCGGCUGGUGGACCCGAUGUACAAGCGGCGGCAGGAAUGGUUCUGCACACGGGUUGACCCCCUCACGCUGCGGGACCUGGACCGUGGCACAGUGCCCAAUUAUAAGAAUGCUCAGCAGCUCCUGGAAGUUCAGGAGAAAUGUCUGCCUUCCAGCCGGCAUCGAGGACCCCGCAGUAAUCUGAAGAAGCGAGCGCUGGACCAGCUGCGGCUGGUGAAGCCCAAGAAUGUGGGGAGCCCUGCAGGGGACCCCCAGGAGCAGCUGCUGUUGGAGCCUUGCACAGAGCCAGAGCGGAGCCUCAAACCCUACAGUCUGGUGCAGCCUCUGCUGGUGCCCUCCCUGCGGCCUGUGGUGCUCUUGCCCGAGUGCCUGGCAUCCCGGCUUAUCCGCAACCUGCUGGACCUGCCCAACUCCCGGCUGGACUUCCAAGUGUGCCCAGCGGAAAGCCUGUCUGGGGAGGAACAGUGCACACCCUCAGCGCCUGGAGCCCCCAAGGCCCGGCCCGCCACCCCUGGGCUGGGCAGCAGGAUCCGAGCCAUCCAGGAGUCUGUUGGGAAGAAGCACUGCCUGUUGGAGCUGGGUGCGAGGGGCGUGCGGGAACUGGUCCAGAAUGAGAUCUACCCCAUUGUCAUCCACGUGGAGGUGACCGAGAAGAAUGUCCGGGAAGUCAGGUGUCUGCUGGGCCGGCCGGGCUGGCGGGACUCGGAGCUGCUGCGCCAGUGCCGCGGCUCGGAGCAGGUGCUCUGGGGGCUGCCCUGCUCCUGGGUGCAGGUGCCCGCUCACACGUGGGGCCACUCGGAGGAGCUGGCUAAGAUGGUGCGUGGCCGCAUCCUGCAGGAGCAGGCCCGUCUCGUGUGGGUGGAGCGUGGCAGUGGCCGAGGCAGCAGCAGCAGCAGCAGCGAGGCCUGAGGGGCCUGUUCUGAUGCCUGCGGCUUCCUCACACACUUCAGAAGCCACCAGUGGGGACCCUGGUGUCUGCAGUGGAGAGGGGUCGUCCCUGUGCAGAGCCUUCCCAGACCCUCAGGCAGAUCUUCCACCCGCCCCGUACAUGGCUGCUGUUCUAGGCCUUCCCGUGUGCCCCCCAUGUCUCCAUGUCCCCACUCGUGGGUCUGUGUACCUCCGUCAUUGCUCGCCCCAGAGCAUCUGAGUUCUCACUCGUGUGUAUAGAUUUGCACCCAAGUUCUCACGGGGCAGGCUCCUGUCUGUCCCUACACCCUGGGCACACGAGGUCUCCUAGACUCUCAGCCUGUUCUACUCACAGGAGCCUCGAGCCAGCCCCUCGUGAGUCCCAUCCGUCCGACUCACAUUUCCUGUGUAUACCUCCUCCCCUCGUGGGCAUCGCGGCCGCCCUGGCCCACUGUCACCUGUGCCCCUGUGUCUUCUAGUCAUACACGUGUUUGUGGUUCUCUCCUGUGUAAAUGUCAUGCCCCCCACCCUCGUGACACCUGGGCACUAGCACGCGUGUGCCCGGUGAGCACACCUCGGACCAUGUUCUCACAGCACCCGUUCCCUGCCCCCUCCCGGAGGGCCAGGUGGGGAGGGGGCAGGCUGCUCCACCAACCGGAAUGUACCGCCCGUGCAUUUUUAAUGGGCCUUUUUUCACUCAGAAGCUGCACAUAUGGAACAUUAAACAGUUUGUCAUAGAA